GGAUUUCCAUCGAGCUAAGAUGGUUUGUUCCUACUGGUAUUCUGGUUCAAAACAAACAGUUCACCGGAAAAGCGGAACUCCAUGGCUAAUGCUUUUUCCAGACGACGGUGGUUGCUUGCUUUGCAAUCCAUACGAAAAAGCGGUUUACAAGACAAAGAGAGACUGUUCAGGGAGUCGAUUCCUGGCAAGCUGCGGUAAAUGGUUGUUGAUGCUAGAUUCUCGAUCAAGAUUAUAUAUUAUAGAUGUGUUUAGUGGGAAUAGGAUUGAUCUUCCUCCAUUAGAGUCGCUUUUAUCGAACUACUCUGCUCUGAAGCGUAUGGAAGAUAGAGAUAAGGAGUUUGAAUUUGAAUAUACUGAUGGCUUUUACUAUACGCAGAUGAAAUCAGGGGACAUCUUGUGGGUAGACGAGGAGACGAAAGAGUUGGCUUUAGUGUGGUUCUUUGACGCCCCUGCUUGUUUUGUAUGUCUUUACAAGAAAAGGGAAUGCUCAUUACGAUCUCAUUCCAGUUACCUAUGGAGUUCCCAGGAAAUUAACUGGCCUUGUUCUUGGUCUUGUUCUUUGGGUUACCGUCUAUACAUCUUAACGUCUCGUCGUUCCGUUCGAGUCAUAGAUUUUUCUGGGCAGCAAGGUUUCGAAGAACUCACUGGGAGUGACACAUCCCCAAUGUUUUCUCCUCUUGGAUAUAGUUGUUAUUUUAGCAUCGCGGUUACCACAGCCGGAGAGGUUUUGUUGGUCACAACCACAACCUCUGAAAGUAGCGAAAGGGUCUUCUGCUUCUGUAACUACAAGAAGGCUCCUAAUGCUGACCCAGAGGACCAAAUUGCCCGAUCUUGCCUGCUUCUCCACUUGGGUAUUACUGUGCCUGCUAACCAUGCCCUUGCAAGAGUUGACGCUACUAGAGGAGAUCCAUCUGGAACAAAUGGGAAAGCUUUGAGGGAGGAAAUCCGCAAGAAUAUUGACAAGUGGCAAGAGCCUCCUCCUGCAAGGCAACCUAAGCCACUUCAUGUUCCUUAUUCUGAGCCUAAAAAGAGAAGGGGUGGUCGCCGUCUAAGAAAAAUGAAAGAAAGGUAUCGAGUGACCGACAUGAGAAAGUUGGCCAACCGGAUGGCGUUUGGUACACCCGAAGAGAGCUCUCUUGGUGAUGGAUUAGGUAUCGGAUAUGGAUUGCUUGGUCAGGCUGGGAGCAAUAGGCUGCGUGUUUCGAGCAAGCUGAAAGUUAACGCUAAGGUCGCCAAAAAGCGACAGUUCACAGGUGGUUCUACUACCUCUGGUUUGACGACAUCAAGUCUGGCUUUCACUCUUGUGCAAGGAAUAGAGUUGUGCAAUCCUCAGGCAUUAGGAUUAGUCAGUGGGAUUCAAAGCACUUACUUCUUAGAGUCGGGAACUUUCUCCAAACUCAAGAAGAUUUAAAUUUCUCUUGCACUUGCUUUCUUUCAUUAGCACUAUUAGUUUCCUAUCUGCUUAAAUGAUAUUUCACUGUAACACAAAGUUAGCUAAAAUGAAAAUGUAUCAAUGAAAAAGAAACUAAGCUUUGAAGAGUAAAGAAACCUACCUGGACUUC